AUGCGCUAUCUGGGUUGGGCGGACUGCCGGGCGCUGGUCACAUUGCUGGACGUGGCAAUGAUUGGCUGCGUGAUGCAGCACCGGGAGGCCAACGGCUCAGUGCUGGGGUUCAUCGCGCGCCUCACGUCACCCACCACCCUCGCUCGCUGUCCCUCCACCGCCGCCGACGUGCUCGGGGCUCACCUGGUGCCCCGCGCGCCUAUCUUUGUCCGGCUGCUGCUGUCGGGUAUCUCGUCGCCGCUGCAGCUGCCGUAUGAUGAUGACCUGCAGGUAGCAGCCCUGCAGCCUUCGCAGGCGGAACAAGAUCACAAUCGCUUAAUAUGA